CACGCACGCGGGGCGCGGCGCGGCGCGUCGGGCGGGAAGCAUGAAAUGGCGGCGGCGGAGCGGGGCCGGAGUUGACUUCAGGUUUCUACAUAUCACAAGAUGUCAGCUGCGCCCAGCUCUAGGUGACCUGCGACCCUCAGGUGUCACCCGUGUCACCAUCUGUUGAGAAAGGGGUGGUUUAACGGGCGGGUGGUGAGGUCCUCUGCCGGGAGCUGCCACCAUGGAGGAGGUGGAGUCGCGCUUCGUGCACCUCCUGCAGCCCAUCCGCGACCUCACCAAGAACUGGGAGGUGGACGUGGCCGCCCAGCUCGGGGAGUACCUGGAGGAGCUGGAUCAAAUCUGCAUUUCCUUCGAUAAUGGCAAAACCACCAUGAACUUCAUAGAGGCGGCCCUGGUGAUCCAGGGCUCCGCCUGCGUCUACAGCAGGAAGGUGGAAUAUCUCUACUCGCUGGUCUACCAGACGCUCGACUUCAUCUCCAACAAAAAGCGGGAAAAGCUGCCCAGCUCCGUGGGGCAGGACGACAGAGACGCCGACGCGACCUUUGGGGCAGAGGAGAAGGAGGAGUUCCUCUCCCUGGACGACAUCAGGGACAGCAGCCAGGCGAACGUGGACAUGAGGAAGGAUCAUCAGCCCAACCUCACGGACAUCGUUCCCUUGACUCCCAUGUCUUUGGUCCUCCCGGAAGAGGCUGAGAAGAGGGACAACCCUCUGUUCAGCCGGAAAGGGGAGGUCCUGGCCAGCCGGAGGGAUUUCCGCAUGAACACCUGCACGCCUCACGCCACCGGAGCCUUCCUGCUGGAGCUGGCGGGAUUCUCCCCCACCAGCCUGCAGGAGCAGCAGCGCGUGGGGAGCCCCGGCAGAGCAGCAGGAGCACUGUCCGGUGUCCUUGGCAGCAGCGGUGACCCCGUGCAGGUGCUGAGCUUCUCUGAAGACAGAGGUGCUGCAGGACCAGAUGAUGAUGAUGUGCCUGGGGCCCCAGAGGAUGAUGUGGAAAUGAUUCCGGCUGCUCACGAACAUGUCAAGGCACAGAGGAGCGCACCCCGACCGAGGGGCUACGUGUUGCGGGAGCGAGCCCCUGCCGAGGACCCCCCAGCCCACAUCAAGGAGAUGCUGGAUCCAUGGCAAAGCCUUGACCCCUUUGCUGACUCUGAGGACAAACCAUUUAAGAAAGGGAGGCCCUUCCUGGUGCCACACGGCCUGGACGACGUGGUUGGGGGCAAGCGGAAGAGGAAGGGAUCGAGGAAGCUCCAGGACUUCAUGAUAUGGUUCUCUGCAGCCUCCAUCGGUGCCGGUCCCGUAGCUGCCGGUGUCUCUGAUCUGGUCUUGGCCUUGCUGGAGCUGCCCAGGCAACUCCAUCCUGUUCACAUCCCGUGGGAUGCAAACCACCUUCCAUGGUGCAGGAUCUCCUCACCCGGGCUUGUCCCGUCACCAAAGCUCCGAGGAGAAGGGGGCGAGUUAUCUAAGCCAGAAGCAGCCGGCAGAGCUCCACACCCCAGCAGGGCCUUAAACUGGACGCGCUCACAGCAAACACAGUACGACAACGUCGCCGACAGCAGGAAGACCCGGAGGAAAGGGCCAACGUUCGCAGAUCUGGAGCUGCUGUACUGGAAGCAGCUGAAGGAGCGGAUGGCGGCGCAGAGGAAGCUGCAGAGCCGGGCGGGGCUGCCGCCGUGCGAGGAGGAGCCGGAUCUGCUGGAGGACGAGCGCGAGGCUGACUCCGACGAAGCAGCAGAUGACUUUGCAGAGCACGACGACAUGCAGCCCGAGGCCCCUGAGGAGCUGGGGGAAGGAGACCUGGGCCUCCCCGACCCGGGCUCGCUGGGCUACGAGGAGCUGGUCCGCAGGAACGUGGAGCUGUUCAUGGCCAACUCCCAGAAGUACGCGCAGGAGACGGAGCUCUCCCAACACAUCCGUCGUUGGGAAGACAGGAUGGGGCCGCUGCUGCAGGAACAGGAGGAUCGAGCCACCUUCGACAUCCACAGCUACGGGGAUGCACUGGCCGAUCGCUGCGGGGACCUGGGGCAAUGGCAGACCUUCGCCAGCCUGGUGGCGGGGCAGCCCCCCUUCGAGGUGUGCCGCUACAUGCUGGCCUCCCUCCAGCUGGCCAACGACUACGUGGUGGAGCUGGCGCAGGAGCCGGGGCUGGAGCAGGCGCUGGACACCAUGCGGCUGCGGCUCCUCACCCACCGCCGGGCCCACGAACGCUUUCACACCUUCCAGCCCCCCUCCGCCUGCCCCUGAACCGGCCCCCCCUGGCGUACACACCCCCCCCAUGGCAAU